CGCCAAUGUUACUUAGCGAACCAAGUUGGACUUGGUUUGGCCAGACACAGCUUUAUUACCCGUAAACAAUAAGCUACUGCGAUUCUGAAAUUUGAGCAAUGCCGUUCUUCUUGAGUUAAAUUACGUAGCGUUUAGUUUUAUUUUACCAUGGUAUUGACGUUUAAGUAGGUGGUCAAUCAGAGGCAUGCUAACUAGCUGAAGCUAGCUAGACCUUUACAUUGUACCUUAACGCUGCGGUUAAUGUAACGUUAGCACAAUGUUGACUGAACUAUUGCAAGGCUCUGACGCUGGAGGGUUUCUCAUAAUUCGAGAUUCUGCUAGUUAUUCUGGUAGACACCUCCUGAAGAGCUUCAUCAAUGCUGCAUUGAACAGGGAGGAAGCUGUCCAUGUCCUUGGCUUUGAGGCCAGUGAGGAAGAGCUGAAAGAUGAAUUGAAAGGAUCACCUGUUCAAAGGCUACACUUUCACAAUGCUUAUUCGGACCCCCUCGGCUGGACUGAUCAACCGGCUUUUACGGUCCACCAGUUCUGUUUGGAGGAACUUUCACGUCUGGUCAAGCAAACAUCUCACCCCAAACCAGCUACCUUAGUGAUCGACUCUCUGUCAUGGAUUUUGAGACACCUCAGUCCUCCCGCUGUCUGCGCGACUCUUCAUCAACUUCGAAAAAGGGGAGCUGUGAGAGCUAUUAUUGCCCUGCUUCAUGGGGAUAUGCAUCAGAGGGGUACAGUGGGAAGUGUAUGCCACUUGGCUUCUUCAGUCAUCACAGUGGCACCUGGGAUGAAGGGAGGCGACGCGGUGGCAAAGAUAACAAAGCGCUCGAAAUCUGGGAAAGUUGUGCAAGACGAGGAUAUUUUCACCAUAAACAAUGAUCUAACAGUAGUAGUACAGAGCAAGCAUAGCCAACUUGGACCCAAACAGGCUGAAACAGAGGAACAGGAGAUAGACCCUACAGCACACUUGACCUUCAAUCUUCGACUAUCAAAUAAAGAGCGUGAGGCCAAAGAGAAACUUGCACUACCUUUUGUCUUCAGCAAAGAGAAGAAAACGGCUUUGCUCCACUCGAGCCCCGGUUCAGGACGAAUUCUGUAUGAGCCUGAUGCGAACGAUGACUAUGACCAAGAGGACCCUGACGAUGAUCUCGACGUGUAGGCUUCUGGAACAAAAGCCACUGGAGGCACAGAGGAUCCACGUUACCUGUCCUCCUCGCUGAGUCGUUUUCAGUGGGGAAGAUAAAAAUACAUGGUGGCAUCUGGAAGAUAUAAAAUAAUGUAAAAUAUCUCUGCAAGAAAUCUGUAUUAUGUUUAUUAAAUUAGUUUUUAUCCAAAUGUGUUGUUUUUUAUAUUAUUGAGUGCCUUGCUUUUUAAUAAGGAAAGAUAGAAAUAAACACAGAAUUUUCUCAUAUAAUUACAGGAUGCUUUUUCCCUUUUAUGGAGCCUAAACCAAUGUCAACAUAAUGACUCUUAAAUCCCAUAAAUCCCAUUAGACCCAUAAUCA